CUCCACUCCUUCCUUUCGCAUGCAAUCGGCAUCCCCCACUCCUAGGGUAAGGAAGCCGAUGCAGGAGCAGGCGAGGAAGCCGGGGAUGAUGAACUAGGGCGCAGGGGCAGCUCCAGCCGCACCCCCUACCCCGAGCGCUGUAAAGCCCCGGUGCAGACGGGAGGCGGCAGAGGGGUAAAGCUGAUCCCCUCUCCUCAAGCUCCCCUUCGCCAUGGCCUCUGGGAACAGCAGCGACCCACCAGACCGUCAUCAGCGCAGGACCAGCGAGAGGCUCAAUUCAGAAGAUCAGGUGGCCCAGGAGACCGAGGAGGUGUUCCGGAGCUAUGCCUUCCACCGCUACCAGCAGGAGAGGGAAGAGGGCGGAGGGGAGGUGCCGAUGGACCCCGAGAUUGCAGAGAUCCAGCAGGAGCCGGGCAGCACCAGUAACCAGGUGGGCAGGCGCCUGGCCAUCAUUGGAGAUGACAUCAACAUGCGGUAUGACGCAGAGUUCCAGAACAUGCUGAAGACCCUGCAGCCCACGAAGGACAAUGCCUACGAGUACUUCACUAAGAUAGCCUCCAGCUUGUUUGACAGCGGCAUUAACUGGGGCAGGGUGAUUGCGCUGCUGGGGUUCGGUUACCGGAUGGCGAUUCAUGUGUACCAGCACGGGGUGACCGGCUUCCUCCGGAGCAUUGCUCGCUACGUGGCAGAAUUCGUGCUCCGCAACCGCAUCGCCCAGUGGAUCGCCGACCAAGGAGGAUGGGUGGCAGCACUGGAGUUGGAUAACGUUUACGUAUUGUACAUGAUGGGGGUGUUGGUCGUGGUCCUGCUGGGUCAUUUGGUGGUACGACGCUUCUUCAGCCCAUGACUGGAGUUGAGGCCGAGGCCGGCGAUCUGGCCAAACUCUCUCUCUCAAUAUUCCACUCUGUCAUAAAGACAUUUACUGAGAGAGAGGGGCUCAGGGAACAAACAAGAGAGUAGUUUGGAAAUGAUGACUCCUCUUCGGAGAUAGCACCAUCCACGGAGAGACUGCCAUCCGUGGGGAGACUGCCAAGGACUACACAGAGAGGCGUUAAUGGGGGGAUUUUGGGGGAGUGGGGCAGCAGUCAGGAACAUCAGCACGAUGACAUUCCCAGCAUGCAGCGAUAGGCGAGGGUUACAGGCUCCUGCACUGUACAGGAAGUGGAGAAGCCCCAUUAGAGGAACAAAUGUUGUUAAAGUAAUGCACGUGUCUCCUGCAUCCACUCAGUGGCAUUCUCAAGAGCCCUCCCAGGGAAAGGCACAGAACAUCCUCUAAUGGAUCUCAGCCCAGAUCUCUCCUGCCUUCGCAUAACAGGAUUAUAGCCACAGCUGUUAGUCUCUGCUUGUAAGUCAUUGGAGGGGGUCAGCCAGUGCUGGAGAGUCCAGGGGGGUUUGCUCUUACCUUCUCUUGCUUCCAGCCUACCAAGCCCAGAUUCUUAGUUUUCCGGUUACUUUAAAAGAACAUCUGUGUCCACCUCUAAACAAAUACACUGUUUGGCAUGUGACAAUCAUGACUAGAAAUCCAGUUGCCCCCAGACAAAAUGACAGACUGAUCCUGUCAGGAUCUGAAUUUGGAGAUCUGCUUUUCCUCCCAGGGACAUCGCAGACACCUAAACAGAGCAGCAUCCUAGAACUGUGCUAGUGGUCCUGGUUGCCAGCCCUUCCUAGGGGAACACAGAAGCCUGAACUUCAGGGUGGCAGCAGGUGUAUAAGGGAACGGCUGGUUUUCAAACACUAAAAUAUGGUCAGUUAAAAAUCCUGGGGUAAAUCAAGAGUGAAUGUUUUGGGUUGUGAUGCACCAUCCCAAGUCUGCAGUGUUUGGCUUACAGGCCCAGCAGAUGAUGGUCUUCAUCCACAAACCUUUCUAUGGAGAAUCUGUCUGGCAGGGCCCCUCUCACUUGACUCCUGUAUUUCUGUCCAUGAUUGGAGAUUGUAAACCGCUCCCUGUUGGCAGUUAUUCAGAGUGACGGCAAAGCAGAGCCCCCGCUUUGAAAUCCCCUGAGCUUUUGUGCAGUGAGCGUGGAGUUUCUAAAUCUGGAUCUGAGGCUUGGGUUCAUCUGUGCUUCCCACUUCAGGUUACUGUGUAAAGCUUGCAAACUGUGACUGGAUUUAGGCUGUGUCCACCUGGGCCUCAGACUGGGUUUAGACCCAAUUCCUGCUAACUCCGUUUCUAGCACUGUUUGGCCAGCCAGUGGGGAGGGAGCCAAACUAUCUUCUGGUCAAAGGAGAGUGGGAGAGCCAGUUAUCAGCUAAUAUAUGGCUUCAGUGCCCUGAAACUGAGGACAUGGCUCCUGUCUAAAGGCUACUGUAGCUAGGGCCAAAGCUACUUAAUUUUAUCCUGGAGACUGGAUAGAAGCACCAUCAGCACUAAGACUAAAAGUAUCUCAAGCGUUAUCAGGGAUUUUUCCGUUCUUGCCUGUGUCGUGAACCUUUGCUGGCUGCAGUGCACAGCUUACUGGAGUAGGAUGGGAGAAGGCAGCUGGGGUGGCUGGUAAAGGGAUGCUGUGAUUACUCUUCUAGGCAGUUGCAGUGGUGGAUCUCGUAGGGAUUGCCAGAGUGCAUCAGACCCGUGCCUUGUCUAGUCUGGUAACCUGGCUCAGACUGUGGCCUGGUGCUUCAGAAGAAAGUGAAAGAAGCCCACUGUAGGAAAACGUGGGUAAUCUGCCCCCAUGAAGGCCUCAUCCUAAUCCCUAAUAGUUAAGAGAUUGGCUUUAACCCUGAAGCAUGAUGUUUAAUAUCCCUUCUGAAAUUUGUAUUAGCAUUAAAUGUGGUAAUUCGGGCUAUUCCUGUUAUCCAUCUAAAUUCCCACGCCCUCUUUGAAUCCUGCUAAAUGCUAAUCCUCAGCAACAUCUGCACUGGUUCCUCUAUCUAAUUAUAGUCUAUAUGGCAUUUCCUCUUAUUGGUUAGAAUGACCCAGCUUUUGUUGAUUGAAUGUCUCCUUGCUCAGGAAAGGAGAACGUUAGCUCCCCUUCUCUAGACCAUUCAUUAUUUGAUAUACUUGUCCUCUUCUAUUUUUCUCCUUUCUAAGGUAAAGUGGUAGCAAACUUCCCCUCAUAUGAGUGUUCUUCCAGGCCCUUGACCAUUCUCUUCACCUGUCUCUGAACCUCCUCUUGUUAUGCAAUAUCCUUUUGGAAAUGGGGUUCCCGGUACUACACACAGUAUCCGCAAACCACAGAUUUUUAAAAACAUUAGAAUAUUUUCCGUAGCGUGCUGCAUCUGACUCCUUAUACAUCCUGCCAUCUUGUUCACUGUUUUUCACCAGCUACAUACUGAGUGAAGGUCUCACUGAGCUGUGACAUCCAGGCCCGUCUCCUGAGUUGAUACAGUUAAUUUGGAACCCUGUACGCUGUAUGAGCUCUUUCCCCUCCCCCCUUCAGUGUGCAUUACCUUGCAGUGAUCAACACUAAGCAUCACUUCCCAUCAUGUUGCCAGUUCAUCUGGCUUGAUUAGGUCCCUCUGGAGUUCUUCGGUUUUCUCUCUGGUCUCGCCAAACCUAAAUAACUGGGUAUUAUCUGCAAAUUUUGCCACUGCAGUGCUCACCCUCUCUUCCAGUUGACACUGAACUCCAGACCUAGUACAGCACCUUGAGGCAUCUGCUGUUAAUCUUGUUGACCCAUGCCAGGGAUUCUUCAUGACUAAUUAGUUUCUUUAAUAGCCUCUUGUGCAAGACCUUGUCAGAGGCCUUUGGAAAGUCUAAAUAAAUUAUGACAACAGGCUCUA